UGUCAUGCAUGAAUUGAUAGUGGGACAGUCUUGUUUUGGAGGCCUGCGAUUUUGGCCUCUUUUUUCAUCCUGAGCAAUUGCUUUCUUGGUUCUCCAUGUUGUCCUUCCAGUUCUUGAUAUCUUCCACGCAACAAGCUUUCUACACAUUCCAUUAAUGGCGGCUUUCAUCUUUUUCUUUCUUCUGUUAUUCGUUGCAUCCCCCGAUUUAGUCCUUUCCCGUGACGAAAAUGGACCGGUAAUCAAUGUUACCAAGCACAUAUCUUUCCCAGAUUUCAGCUCCAAAAAUCCAAGAAUUCCCCAAGAUGUUUCUCUCCUGGGCAGUGCAGCCAUUUCAAGCGAACAGUCUUGUCUCCAGAUUCCGAAACCCUCCCAAACCACCGAUCUGAAACACCUCGCCGGCCGAGCAAUCUAUUCCUCCCCCAUCCGCCUCUUCGACCCCGUCACUCAAACUCCGGCGUCCUUUCAAACCACCUUCUCGUUUCAGUUUCAAGCUCCUCCGAAUACUUCCGUUAAAACCCAGCAUUUGGAUCCCGACGACGACGUCAUCAAUGGCGGCAGUGGGUUAACUUUUAUCAUAGUCCCCGAUGAGUUCACCGUCGGCCGGUCCGGCCCCUGGCUAGGCAUGCUCAACGACGUCUGCGACGACAAUUAUAAGUCCGUCGCCAUUGAGUUCGACACGCGCCGGAACCCGGAGUUCGGUGACCCGAACGACAACCACGUCGGCAUCAACCUCGGAAGCAUCGUUUCGACUGCCGCCGUCAACGCCUCCGACGCCGGAAUCGUUCUCAACGACGGCUCCGUUCACCGCGCGUGGAUAUCCUACGACGGCCAACUCCGCCUCAUUGAAAUCCGGCUCGGCGCCGACAACAAUGGCUUCCCUUCUAAACCGGUUUAUUCCGGUUCCCUUGACCUCUCCCCUUACUUGAACGAAUACAUGUUCGUCGGCUUCUCCGCUUCCACCGGCAACCAUACCCAAAUCCACAACGUUAUAUCAUGGAACUUCACGUCCACCAGCAAAGCUUCUCUUCGGAUUCCCUCAUCGGAAACCUGCGAGAGCAAAAUAAUCCAACAAAGAACCGAUAAUAAUGAAGAAGAAGAGAAAGGGCGGCAUGAAAAAACGCCGACGAGUUUCUUGAUUUUCAUUGCUGUGUUUAUUCUUCUCGUCGCCGUUUUACUCAGUCUUUACUUCAACCGGAAGAAGAAAAAAGACGACAAAUCGAAUGAUUUAGCGGCGCAGCCGGAGAAGAAGACAAAACUGGGCCCACCCAACAAGUCUCGCCGGUUUACGUUCACCGAAAUCUCCUCCGCAACUCGGAGUUUCAGCGAGUUACAGAUACUGGGUAGUGACGCGAGGAGCAUUACGUACAAAGGGACUCCCUGGCACGGGUGCCACGUGGCGGUGAAACGUUACUCGGCGAAGUUUUUCGGCUCCGGCGGGUUUGAUCGGCGGCGAAUGCACAAGGAGAUUAAAGGCGUCGCGAAAAUCCGGCACCCCAAUUUGGUUCCGAUCAGAGGGUGGUGUUUCGACAACCAAGAAACCAUCGUCGUGUACGAUUACAUCCCCAACGGAAGCCUCGACAAAUGGCUGUUCGGCGGCGGCGUUUUGCCGUGGACGCGGCGGUUCAAAGUCGUGAAAGACGUGGCGGACGCGCUGAGUUAUCUCCACUCGCGGCAACUCGCGCAUAAGAACGUGAAAGCCAGUAGCGUUUUCCUGGACGUUAGCUUUAGAGCGGUGGUGGGAGAUUUCGGGUUCGUUCUCUCCUCCGUCGAGUCAACUCGGUUCGAAUCGGUGGUGAGUCAAACGGCGGACGUGUUCGAGUUCGGGGUGUUAGUGCUAGAGAUCAUCUCCGGCCGGUUCAGGAAGUCCAAACCGGGCGAGUUGGACCUGUUAGAUAUGGCGUGGGCAUUGCACGAGGAUGGGGAGAAACAAAAGCUGGUGGACCGGCGGAUGGGGGCGGUUGUGAACAUGGACCAGGCGGUCCGAGUUUUGGAAAUCGGGUUGCUUUGUACGUUGAACCAGAACAAAGGCCGGCCCAGCAUGGAAGAAGUGGUGGAGUUUCUAAACGUGGAAAAACCGAUGCCCGAGUUGCCAACGAGCCGACCGGUAUCAUUGUUCCCCUACAACAGCACCACAGGUUUGUGCCAUGGUUACGCCUGUUCACCAUUCAAGUGAAGCCACGUGUGAUUAGUUAAUUAUCAAAUCCAUUUUAUGAUUUGAACCAAAAUAAGAAAACGUUUGUGUUUGUAUGGGGUGGUGAAGUUGUAUCUUUUAUUUGCUUAUAAAAAUAUUAAUAAGAUAGUAUAAUGUCAUCACUGCAAAUUAUACGUGGUCCAAAAAUGAUAUUCAGAUUCUGUAUC